UCACUCUUGCUCACUUCAAAAUGGAUGGUUUUAGAUUAAACUCAUGCAAUUAGAAUUGAAAGCUUUGAAACCUUCCAAUGGAUCCUCUCUUGCAGGGCCUGUUUACCAUACUCAGCACUCUCGCUCUUUCAUGUUGCAUUUACUUUUAUCAGUCGUCCAACAAGCGAAGCUGCCGUUCACCGCCACAAGCCGGCGGUGCUUUGCCGAUCAUCGGACACAUGCACCUCUUCGGAGGUCAGCAACUCACCCACAAAACAUUGGGUGCCAUGGCCGACCAAUAUGGGCCUGUUUUCUGCAUAAGGCUAGGAUCAAACAAAGCGCUGGUUUUAAACGCUUGGGAGAUGGCCGAAGAAUGCUUCACCGUACAUGAUAAGGUCUUUUCCACUAGACCAAACAUCGCUGCUUCCAAGCUUCUCGGCUAUGACUUUGCUAUGUUCGGGUUCGCCCCUUACGGACCAUAUUGGCGUGAGAUGCGCAAGAUUGCCACGGUCGAGCUUUUAUCUAAUAACCGCAUCGAUAUGCUAGAAUAUAUACGAGUUUCGGAGGUGAAGACUGCGACAAGAGAAUUGUACAGGUCAUGGCUUGGCAAAGGUUGUGAAGGAAGUGGUGUGCUGGUAGAUAUGAAGCGGUGGUUUGAGGAAUUAACUCAUAAUAUUGCUUUGAGAAUGGUGGGAGGGAAAAGAUACUUCGGACCGGACACCGAUUGCGACAAAGCCGAGGCACAACGAUGUCGAAAAGUAAUGAGAGAAUUCUCUUAUUGGUUCGGGGUGUUUGUGUUGUCCGAUGCUAUACCGUAUCUCGGGUGGCUGGAUUUUCAGGGGCACAAAAAGGCUAUGAAAAGAACAGCGAAAGAAUUGGAUAGCAUUAUUGGAGGGUGGUUGGAGGAGCACAAACAGAAGAGGCUUAUGAGUGGAGGAGUGAUGGAAGAGCAGGAUUUUAUGGAUGUGUUGCUCAAUAUCCUCGACAAUGCCGACAUCGGUUCUUUCGACUCUGAUACAAUCAAUAAGGCUACUUGCUUGAUUUUAGCCUUUGGGGGAACCGACACAACCAUGGUGGCACUCAUUUGGGCAUUGUCUUUGCUACUGAACAAUCCUCGCGUGCUAAAAAAAGCACAGGAUGAGCUAGACAUGCACGUUGGAAAGCAUAGACCAUUACAAGAGUCGGAUAUCAAAAACCUUGUCUACCUUCAAGCCGUCGUUAAGGAAAUGUUGCGGUUAUACCCUCCGGUACCGGUCAUCGGCCUUCGGGCUGCAUUACAAGAUUGCACCCUCUCGACGGGCUACCACAUUCCAUCCGGUACACGACUAUUGAUAAACGCCUGGAAGAUUCAACAUGAUGAACGUGUAUGGACGGACCCCCAUGAAUUCCGACCAGAGAGAUUUGUUAGCAACAAUAAGGAUAUCGAUUUUCAAGGCCGAUCUUUCAAACUCGUACCUUUCGGCUCGGGAAGAAGAUCGUGCCCCGGUGCCUCACUUGCCCUCAGGAUGUUGCACUUCAUCUUAGGCAACUUCUUGCACGGUUUCGAAGUCACUAAGCCGUCCAAGUUAGAAGACAUCGAUAUGACGGAAAGCACGGGAUUAACGAAUCUGAAAGCAACCCCUCUUGAAGUUCUCAUCAGUCCGCGUCUUGAAUCUAAGCUGUAUGGGAUAUAGGCGCAUAACUCAUUUUGCUGAAAGUAUUCAUCAAUCUUGCUAUACCCUUAUCAUGUCCAAGAAGCCUGCUACAUGAUUGCUUUUUUUUAGAGCAUGGCCAUGGUAAAUCCAUUAUCAUCUCCAUCGUUGCUGCCUCUGUCAUUGGAGCUGCCGCCGCCGCAGCUUGAACCCGGCGGAAGCGUGAACCCGUAAAAGAACAUCAGAAUAUCAUCAUCCCACUCUUGGAAAGGACCGAGUCCGGCCGCGUUGGAAAGCUGGAAAGAUUCUCCCACUACGUUGCCACGCAGCUAGGGUUUCAGGAUGCAAAUGAGUGCCCGGAGCUCUGCAAGUU